UAGCCAGGUCAGGAGAGCCUGAAACAGUUUGUCGCUGUAUGUGAAAAGGUGAUUAGUUCAAAAUGAGGAUUAUAACUUUUUGUUUUGGUAUCCUUUGCUUGCUGUGCCCAAUCUCCGGAGAAGAGAGAGAGCUGUUCGCUGUCAAUCAGGAAGUAAAAUUCGCUUGGUCUGCAAAAAUUAGAGUCGGCUCUAACUUUCCGGAGGAGACCUUGUCAGAAUGGAAUAUAAAUGCUAACUUGAUCGUUAAAAAAACAACAGAUGCAAUAAUGCUGCAGCUUUCAGAUAUAAAGUCAGAAGAUGAGUUCACUGUGGACAUUUCCCGUCUUCUGCUCCCAUUCCGAGCUGUGUACAAGGGAGGUACGCUAGUGAGUCUCGAGACGACCAAUGAUGAUGUCGAGUGGUCCAUCAACAUUAAACGAGCUUUGGCAAGUUUACUGCAACUCGACAUCAACGGAAUAUUUGGCAGCGUUUCAGCUUUUAUAUCUAGUGAGUCUGGUCUCUACGGUACUUGCAGAGUGGAAUAUAUUGUAAGUCCUGUGGGAAAUAAUGUCCACCAUAUCCGGAAGAUCUUGGACCUCGUCUCUUGUAAGAACAGUCCAAGCACAUUUUGGUCAAGCAGUCCAAAAUUGCUUUGUCCAAGCAGCUACCAGACAGAGGUGCUCCCUCAUGCCGAGAGAGCCUACUUUGUGGACAAAGACGCUCCUUUCCUCAUAAAAAAUAUAACGUCAAAAGCUGCAAUUGUGCUGGAGCCAUACCAAUCAAGGGCAGAGGCGCAUACAUCAAUAGUUAACCAGACUCUGCUUGUGGAGUCAGUUGGCCCAAUAGCGAAAGAGCUGUCAUUCCCUGGGGCGAUGAACGUCACCGACCUUUUCUACAGGGAGAUAGUUCUCGAUGCGACAUAUGGACUGCCACCUUCCAACAAGACUAUUGUUCUGUCAGAGAUCAGUACGAUGCUGGAAGACCUCAGCAACAGUUUGUGGUGGGAGGUCGGGUCCCGGGGACUCAACAAUGAGACAGUGUUCAGUCUGAUCAACCUGAUGUGGUGGCUGGAGUUGGAAGACUGGGAGCAACUCUACCACAAAGUCACUUUAGGUACCAGCUACCAACAGGAGACCAUGCAGCAUCUGUUCUGGGAGUUGGUACCCGUGGUUGGUUCACCACAGUCAGUUUUGUUCAUCCGAGAUUUGGUCAAGUCGGAACGGAUCCGAGGUUUGCUGGCCGGACGACUUCUCGUCAACUUUCCUUUCUACCAACGGAAACCCACUGAAGACCUACUGACCCAAUGUGAGGAGUUUUUGCACUGGAGCUACCCAAUAGGAAAGGACGUCAGACAUUCGGCAAUUCUCACUUUUGCCAACCUUCUCCAUAAAGUUUGCAACUUGGGGUGCAAAUCCGAUACUAUUGACAGAUACGCCAAGUUCUACCUGGACAGAUUUACAGAGAGCACAGAGUACGAGGAGCGCAUGCUGUAUCUGCAGGGACUGUCCAACAUUGAGCUAAAACAGAGUCUGGACUAUCUGGCUCCGAUCAUCACAGGCCAGACGACCACAGAUCAUCACAUACAGUUCCUGUCUACGUGGGCUGUCAUCAAUACUGUCUACACGUAUCCCAACAAGAUCUUUGAACUGUUCUGGCCAGUUUUGUGCAACCGGUCGCAGACUCUGGAGGUGAGAGUUGCGGCUCUCACGAUGCUCGUUCUCUCCAAACCGGCACCGGACCGAUUCAUCAGUUUGUUCUGGUACAUGCAGACCGAGCCUAGCCUUCAACUGUACAACUUCUUCUAUACAACUGUCAAGUCUCUAGCUUCAACCACCUACCCCUGCUACUCUCAACUAGGUAUAAUUUCGUCCCAACUUACAAGAUAUGUUCCAAAGAAAACAACAAUUUGGGCAACAGGAAACUAUCUUCUAGACUAUGAGGACAAGGAGCGAGGGUUCGGUGGAGUUUUGCAGCUUUUGUCCAUCGGUAGUGAACGGACAGGGCUGCCUAAUGUUUUCAUAUUUAUGACUGAGCAGCAUUCAUUGGGCGUCACCACUUCAUAUGCGCUGUACAUCAAAGCAGAAGGCGUUGGAGAAGGGAUCAAGCGCCAGCUGCACAACAUGACAGUUCACGCCAACAUCAACUUUGCCAAGAUUGCUCAGCUGUUGAAGACACUCAAGGCUCCAAUCAAAGAACAGGAGGAGAUUCAUUUGGAGUUCAUCUUCAAGGUGGAUGGCAGAACUAUUAUAACCCAGUACUUGAAUAGCUCUUCAUUCAACAAUAUAACUACAGUUGUCCGAAAGCUGAGCUCCGUCUACUUCGAGUUCAGCGUGAACUAUCAACGCCUCAUGUUUCCACUGUUCCUGACGCAGAGUCUUCCCACGGACAUUGGUACGCCGUCACUCAUACAGAUCCGCAGUGGUACGUUGGUGUCUGCACGCGGCAGUGUCAGUCAAGACGAUGAGGGUAGAGCUCGUAAUGCUGAGCUGGACUUGAGAUACUCCUGGAACGGUAUCACAGGUCUUCAGCUGUACAACCCACUAAACAACAAGUGGUACGGAGGCAAGCGCAGCCGCAGUUUACAUAUCAAGCUGCCCUUCGCAGUCCAGCUGCAAAUGGAUGUACUCAAGGAGUUUUACAAGAUAAAAACCAUCCAGCAUAGAGACUAUAUGGCUGGCUCUCGUCUCGGAGUUGUCUGGCACGCUGUCACGAACAUAAUCCCUCACGAUCCAAAGAGAGAAUCAUCACAUCCCGUCAAAGAAGAAUGGACGAUGGACUCGGAAGACCUUGGAGCCAGGCUUGGAGCAAGUGUUUUCAACUGUCCCGGCAAGUCAACAAUAAGAGACGCACUACAUCUGCUGAAAAAAGCUUUCUUGACCAAAGAGAAAAACUACCAGAUGGUGCCGGGAGGAGUUGUUCUACUGGGUUUGUUCUCACUCAAGGAACACUUGGCAUUCCAGCCUCCAGGCAGCAGAUGUGGUCUUAUGUUGUCAUUCACGCCUUUGUUGUCUCAGGUGGAGCCAGUGCUGACUUUGGAGAAGAAGCAGUUACGUCUCCAGAUGUCCCGGAAGGACGGAGUGUUGUGGGAGAUACAGGCAGGCUUCAGACAGAUCUCCAACGGCAAACGGGAGUUGACGUUCAAGUUGUACCACACUCCAAGCGUGCGCGACACCGUCAGCAACAUCUGGAGAGUGAUACAGCUGGAGGGAGCGUUUGUACUACCCUCGGGGAGAGCCAACGUGUUCAACCCUCCUGCGCCCGUGUCAGGCUACACGUUUAUCUCAUGGGGUGACUCGUCACCGACUCACGCAGACAAGGCCGCAGUGGUGGAUGUGAAGGUAGUCGCAGCUCACAGUGAGAACCAGAAUUUGACCUGUGAUGACCUCUCACCUACCUGUCUUCAGUCUGUGAUGGAGCUAGCGACGCAGCAGGUCGCCACCACACAGUAUGUCAACCUGCCAGGAUGGUUGAUAACUGCCGCCCACGCUCUGUUUCCUGAACAUGUGCAAAUGGAGAGUUCCUCGACCAAGAUUGACUUUAGUUUCCCAGCGGCUUUGCCAUCAUGGAGUACAAAAGGUCUUUGUGCUGUCAACAGCCAAUCAGUUCUCACUCUGGACAACACAACGAGCUACGACUUGUCUCUGACUGGCUGCUUCACUGUCAUGGUGGCCGAUUGUUCGCAAGACACUACGUUUGCUGUUCUCGUCAAGAAAGUGGUGAAUCAACAUCUGGCUGUGAAAAUAUAUGUUGGGAGUGAUGUCAUCGAACUUCUGCCCACUACUGAAGAAACAAUAGAUGUGUUUGUCAAUGAGAACAUCAAACUGAACCCAAUAACUGAGGACUAUGAGCAUGGAGCCUCUAACACCACCAAACCUUUCUUUAGCAUCUCGGUGAAGCAAGGCGGCCAGGUGGACGUGGAGUUACACAACGGGGUUGUCGUCCAACAUUACACAAAGACCAUCGUGGCGCUGGUACCAGGACUGUUCCGAGGAUACACUUGUGGUCUGUGCGGAAACUUCAACAGUGAUAUCAACAAUGAACCAAUCAUGUAUUACACUCAGUGUUAGACUGCAGACAACGCAAUGGAUCAUCUUUGACAGUGAUACCAAUCAAGAGGUGACAGAAAGGGUCGGGGCCAAAGACGUUCCCCUAGGACAAUUAGUAAAGGCUGGUUUCCAUAGCUGCCGAAUACUGCUAUGUUGUGAGUGUCGUGCUAAUUUUCUAGUGCCUGCGUUUUUUGGCAAGGUCAUUUUCCUAUAAGUACAAUAUUUAAUUGCAAAGUGGGUUCACGCGACAGUUUUAAGUAGUCUAAUGUCUAUAGUUUGUCCCAUGCGUUCUUGAAAUAUGGAUGUGCAGUAAAUGGUAAUUUAUCUUAACCCUUUGGGUGCCAGAAAUUGAUUUUGGUACUUUCUGAAAAGUGCCAGAAUUUUUUUACUAGUUAUGUCUGAAGAGUGCCAGGCUUUCCGUGGGGGCGAAGCGUAGUGCGCAAGAAUAAAAAUCGGUUAAAGUAUAAAAUUCCAUCCCAAAAGUGCCAUGGAACGAUAUAUUGUGCCUCGAUCGUAUGAAAAAUCAAUUGAAAUCAUUGUUGUUUUAUAAUAACAACCGAGUCAAACGAUAUACCCAUUAAAACUCACAUGAUCGAAAGUCGCGCCGGCCCGAUAUAUCGUUGCAAUGUAUUUUUCAGAUGUGUUGUGCAAAACGAUAUAUCGUUGCGUUGGCACUCAAAGGGUUAAGUCAUAUCCCACAACUAAUUUCAUAAAUUUUUUAUCCUUGGAUAAAGAAAAUUAAGUUUGCUUUAAUAUGCUGAAUUAAACCUAUUUCAAAACGGUCUCAAUUUAAAGUGUAAUUUACUGAAUAUAUUAAAGAACUUAAAGUAAUUGAAAUUAUUAAACGGAUGGAAUUAGUAGUUAGUAGUUAACUGAAUUGGUUAACUCUUCAAAAAAGAACUGCUCUUAGAGCGGUCUUGCAGCCCGCUGCGGGAUACAGUUCCUACCAAAUUUGACUGUAAAGAAAACCAGCCUUACCACCCAAAGUUUUAGUCGCAGGUGCGUCUGAUUAACACUUACCAAUACAAGUAAAGUGGCAGCAGGCAGUGACAACUUUUGCGAAAACCUGAAGUACAGUGACAAGGGGUGGGCCCGUGGAUCCUGCAUAAAGUUGCAAACAUUGGAAGUCAUCAUUACCCAAUUUGGGAAAUAAAUUAUGUACUUUUAAUAGUAUAUAUCAUCACUAGGGCCUAUGCAUUAGUGUAUAUGCUAAUGGGGCAAAACCUCUUAAAUUAUGAAGAAUAUAUACACUGUCAAAGAUGAUCGUUAAGUUGUUAUUUGGAUUGAAAUCUCAAAAUGUGAUAGUCAAUAUAUCUUAAGUCUACACAUGAAUUCCCAGAUUGGGACACAGUUAGUCAUUUCAUGUCAAAAAUGUUAAACAGUCUUAGAAGUUUUUAACUUAAAUAAUAUAACAAUACUUCCACCCAUUUACGAUUGUAAACAUUUCUUUUUGAACCAUAAAAUACACAUUAUUAAUUUUUUCCCACUGAUAAAGGACUUGAUCAUAUAAAAUCAAUUGAGUUGAGACUAUUGAGAGGAUACAUUUAAAAAAAAUCAAACCUAACAAUUCUUGCUUGCCACUUUUCACAAAGCAUAAUUCAUUUUAUGUGUCAUAAAAUUAGACUAGGCCUAUUUUAACUCUUCUAGUGAGAUGCCAACUUAAUAACUAGAAAAACUAGUAAAUAUUGUGUGUAAUUUUAAAGUAUAAUAAACCAACAAACCAACCUAUUUAAGGAUUAUUCCUUUGUACAUGUAUAUAAAAUAAAUAAACAACAAAGGAUAUCUGUUCUUAUUUAAUAAAGUAUUA